AUGUCUAGUAAGCAGCCAUCAAAAUCUGUCUUUGUGGGGAAUAUUCCGUAUGGCCUCACAGAAGAACAGAUCAUACGCAUAUUCAGCAGCGCUGGGAAAGUUCUUAACUUUCGCUUGGUGUAUGAUCGUGAGACAGGACGCCCCAAAGGAUUUGGUUUUGUAGAAUUUCCAGAUUCAGACUCCGCCUCUUCUGCGGUGCGUAACCUUAAUGAUUACGAAAUUAUGAACCGAAAGUUGCGCGUUGACUUCUCCAACGAUGGCAACGACGAAGAUAACGGCACAUCCGGUCUUCCUAAUUUCCCAACCUCCAAUGGACUACCUCCACCAACAACAGCACAUACAAUGGCCCCUCAUACAAACUCAGCGUCUGUAGCACCCAGUAUUCCACCGCUCCCCCUCGGUGUCGAUGUUCCUCCAGGUCUCACAUGUCCAGAUGCUAUUUCUCGCACACUCAAUACUCUUCCACCGCAACAACUCCUCGACGUUCUUUCUCAAAUGAAGACACUCGCUACUACCGACGCAGCAAAGGCUACAGAACUCCUUCGUCAAGCCCCUCAACUUUCCUAUGCCAUAUUUCAGGCCCUUCUGCUCAUGAACCUUAUAUCUACUGAAGCACUUAGUUCUGUGGUUGAGCAGGCAGCAGCUGCUGCGCCCCCAAAUCAUCACGGAGCUGCCCAGUCGCAGCAGGUAGUUCCGCCAUCGUAUGGAGCUCCUCCAGCCCAUCCACAAACAUAUCCGGUCUUGCCACAAACAUAUGGUGUGGCGCCCAUCCGUGCCUCACCGGCAAUUCAACAAACACCACAACCACAACAUACGACCGCCGCUGCUCUAGAUACUGAGCAAUUAAUGCAGCAAGUGCUAGCAAUGCCACAAGAAGUUAUUGACAGCUUACCAGCUGCUGAGAGAAAUCAGCUACUUUCCCUUCGGGCGAGUUAUGGACGCUAA